CAUAACUUAUCUACCGCUGUAGGAGACUUCACAGUGCAAUGAUGCAGCCCUUUCGCAACAAAAACAUGCAGACAAGAAUAUAUAUUUUACUGUGAAGAAUUAUUGCAAAGUUAAUGGACUUCAUGACAUUCUUUCGGAUACAUCGAAAGUAGGCUAACUUUUCUUUUUACUUUUUUAACCAUUGUAGGGUGCAAUGAGUGAAUAACUUUCUACCGGGAUUAAUAACAGAGGAUUCUGGGAGAACAACAACAAUCAAAGGUUCUGAAGUCUGAACGCACCCUGGUCCUGACUUUUGACCUCUAGCCAUGUCUCAGAGUAACCCCUCCUUCCAGCUCCUCCAGGCUCUGAGGAAGUCUCCCGCCGUGUUCCGCCGCCGGUUCCACCUCCAGCCCAACCGCAUCGCUACCCUCUCCCACGGGGAUCCCCUCUACAAGGUGCUCUACCUGGGCACUGAGAAAAUCUACUCCCUGGAUCUGGAGCAGGCCCAGGGGGCCAUAGGCCUGCUGCUCCAGCAGUGGGCCCCGGAGGCCCCUGAGAAACGGUGCAAGGAGCACGCUCUGGUGUUGCGGCGGCGUUACAUAGAGGUGAAGGAGAUUGCCACGGGGAGACAGCUCGCUAAGACCUAUCUGAGAGACAUUGCGUUCUGCGCGGCCGACACCAAGCACCCCAAUGUGUUCCUGUACAUCUGUAAGCAGCAAGGCCAGCAACUGCAGUUACAGUGCAGGGUAUUCUGGUGCACCAGUGCUGAGAGAGCUAAGGACAUCACCGCUUGUCUGGCAAGGAGCUUUCAAACAGCUCUUAGUGAUUGGCAUGAUCAGGAUAGCGAGACCAAUCACAUGGAGGAAGGGGAGGGAUCAUCGGAGGUGGAUGGACUGUCAGUCAUCACGAGCAUUCAUCCUAAUACCUCCUCUGCUCUAUCAGGAGAUCUAAGGACAGGUCGCAGGAGGAGGAGGAGGGGUGUGGCUACUCCAUGUCCUCUCAGAGCGAUGAGGAAGGAGAGGACAGGCAGCACCACCACCAAUGACGGCACACAGUCAACCAUUGAUAUUUGACUUUGACUCUCUCUGCCAACUGAUAAUCUAUUGGGCCUAGCAGAGCCUCACUAGCUCCUGCAGUGCCCACCAGUGUUGAAGAAUGGACCACUGCCAAACUAAGCUUGGAGCCCAGAACUACAUUUUGUGUGUGUGCUGGCCAGCUGCACUGUGUGUGUGUCAUGAGAGACUGCUGCCAAACGGAUUCUUAUUAUGGACUUGAAUAAAGCUAAGGGUGUGACUCAAAAGCCCCACAUGCCACAGAGCACCCCUUUAUCUCCCCCAACAGGAUCAUUGUGUUUACGCCUGAGCACUAUUUUGGCUUGGUGUGAAUUUUUCAAAUUUAACUAGGCAAGUCAGUUAAGAAUAAAUUCUUAUUUACAAUGCCGGCCUACCCCGGCCAAACCUGGACGAAGCGGGACUAAAUGUGCGCCGCCCUAUGGGACUCCCAAUCAUGGCCGGAUGUGAUACAGCCUGGAUAAACUGGACUCCCUCUACUCAGUAGUGUUAUGUUUCCCUCUGGUAGUAAUUUAACAUCAUCAUAUGAUAAACAUGAAGAUACCUAGACAGGGACAGGAGCAUACUAGGUAUUUAUUUACUUUCAGCCUAUUGAGGUAACUUGUCUGUAACUAGGUUUCCAUCUAAUCGGUGACAGAUUUUCAUGCAAAUAUUUUACAAUCAGUAUAAAAACAGCAUAUUUUCCCACCAGCGAUGUGUUUCCAUCAAAUAACGUAGUGCACAU